AUGUCAGAAGAAAAAUACGGACCCAACCACCCAGCUACUCUUAUCUCCGAGCUUUGCAAGCUCUUCUAUAACAACGGAUGGGUUACUGGUACUGGAGGAGGCAUCUCCAUUCGUGAUGUGGAAAACCAGCCAAAUAUCGUAUACAUUGCUCCUUCUGGCAUCCAGAAGGAAAGACUAAGUCCGGACGAAAUGUUUGUUGUGGAAUUGCCUGGCAAAAUCUUGCAAACACCCAACGAUGACGAAUCUAGAAAGCGCAACCUUGAUCUUCCGGAUAACUACCAGUACAAACCGCUGGCUUGCACUCCACUUUUCCUCAGCUGUUACAACUUGAGAGACGCUGGUGCGUGCAUCCAUACCCAUAGUCAGAAUGCUGUUAUGGCUACAUUGAUCUUUGAAGAUAAAGUGGAGUUCAGCAUGAGUCACAUUGAGCAGAUCAAAGCUCUUCCCCAGCUUGAGGUGAAUCGCGAGACAGGGAAGGUCGAGAAGGUGGGAAGCAUGCAAUUUUUCGAUACCAUGGUACUUCCAAUUAUUGAAAACACUCCUCAUGAGGAGGACUUGACGGAAACGUUACAGGAAGCCAUUGUCAAGUACCCAGGUGCCACUGCGGUGUUGGUGCGUCGUCAUGGAAUUUAUGUGUGGGGCGAAAACGUGUGGAAGGCCAAAGUGUAUAAUGAAGCCAUUGACUAUUUGCUUGAGUUGGCCAUCAAGAUGCACCAAAAUGGUAUUGCGUUGGUCAAAAAGUGA